GAAAAAACGAAAAGGCCCAAAGCAUCCCAUCCAUCGAUCCUCCAACUCCAUAUUUGGCAGUGUCAGAACAAAAACAUGGGCAGUGUCAGAACAACUCCAAAACUCCAACCACCAUUCUCCUUCUGAAUCUUCUCCUCUCCUCAUUGCAAUGGCCGCAGCUUUGGAGUGCUGGUCGCGCCGCGCCACCACCACCGUCGACGAGGACCACGCCGUCCUCAUGCAGCCACCCGAACAGGACCCAACAAUACCCCAACCAAGAGACUCUUCUUCUUCUUCCAUUGUUCACAAGAAGCUUCAAAAACUCACGCGCAACGUCUCCGAAGCCAUUGCUUCCCUCAAAAACUCCCUUAACAGCAGCAGCACCGUUAGCGUCGAGUCCUCCAAACCCGACGCGCCUCGCAGCCUCGUGUGGACCACCGUCCUCCGCCACCUCAUCCACCUCUACCCCGGUUCCCAGCUCCCCGAGAAGUUAGUGUGCAACAUUCGCAAGCACUAUGAUUCCUUGCCUCUCAGUUAUUCUAAGGCAGGGUUUGAAGUGAAAGAUGUGUUUCUUCACAUGAAGCUGAUGGAGCAAGCUUUGGAGGAUGAGCAGGCUGCAAUUUUGAUUCAAGAGGAGUGUGAUGAUGAGAUUCAGCUUCAGGGGUCAGUGUUCAAGUUGACAUUUGCUUGCAACUCUCCAAUUUCAUGGCCUGCGAUGUCAGGUGCAUUGGAUGCUUACUCCAUUUGCUGCAAGAAGAUUCAGAUCUUUGAGAAGAAAUGUUUCACCCUUGGGAUUGUGCUUCUUCUUGUUCUGUCUGGUGGUGGGCAAGAUAAGUUGGUCAGAACCCGGGUUGAAAGCGCUCUCAAGAUUGCCAUGAAGAGGCCCAAAGCCGGUGGCGUGAAGCUGCCCUUUGGGCUUUGUGGAUGUCAAGAGGAGAACUCCAAGGGGAGAAGACUUGGAGAGAUUGAAGAAGAUGGAUGGGAUGCAUAUUGUGGAAAUGGAUUUGAGAAUUUGAGCCAAAAGAUUGAGCUUCAAGUGCCAUUGCCUAGUUCAUCUUUUCUUGUAGUGGUAGAUGAAUGGCAGACUAUUCAAUCAGGUGGGGCUGAGAUUGAAAAAUGGUUGUUGAACUCAGAUAGUCUUGAGUUUGUAGAACAGAUUGCGCCCAAUUCGUAUAAGGGGACAUACAUGGGGAAAAAGGUCGGCAUUGAGAAGCUCAGAGGGUGUGAGAAAGGGAACUCUUAUGAGUUUGAGCUCAGGAAAGAUCUGCUGGCACUGAUGACUUGUGGGCAUAGAAAUAUUAUGCAGUUUUGUGGUGUUUGUGUAGAUGACAACCACGGGUUAUGUGUAGUGACAAAAUUUGUUGAAGGUGGAUCUGUUCAUGACUUAAUGUUAAAGAACAAGAAGCUUCCAAGUAAGGAUAUUGUAAGAAUUGCAGCUGAUGUAGCUGAGGGGAUCAAGUUUAAGAAUGAUCACGGUGUUGCAUACAGAGAUCUUAAUACGCAGAGGAUUCUGUUGGAUAAGCAUGGGAAUGCUUGCUUGGGUGAUAUGGGCAUUGUCACUGCCUGCAAGAAUGUCGGAGAGGCAAUGGAUUAUGAAACUGAUGGUUAUCGAUGGCUAGCACCAGAGAUAAUUGCUGGUGACCCAGAGAGUGUGACUGAGACAUGGAUGAGUAAUGUUUAUAGUUUUGGCAUGGUAAUUUGGGAGAUGGUAACUGGUGAGGCAGCAUAUUCUGCAUUUUCACCAGUUCAAGCAGCAGUUGGCAUUGCUGCUUGUGGCCUAAGACCUGAAAUCCCCAAGGACUGCCCUCAAACUUUAAAGUCUCUCAUGACAAGGUGCUGGAACAACACCCCUUCAAAACGCCCUAACUUCUCUGAAAUUUUGGCCAUUUUGCUGCGAUCAAGCAACUACAAUAGGUAGAGUUAUUUGGUGCUAAUAGUGAUUUGAUACCAAGGAAAGAUCUCAUUCUCAAGGGAUCUUCAUAUCAUUGUUCAUACGUAAAACAUGAGUCCUCCAUGCUUUUAUAAUAUAGUUGAAAGGUGUAAAGUUUUCCUUUUUCUUUUUGACAAUUUUGUACCAUCAUGAAUCUACUAUAUUUUCUCUUAAGAUGUCAACCUGAAUGAUGGAAAUAUCACAAUACGUUUCACAUU